AUUUUAAUGGCGAAAAAGGUAUUUCUGUUCAUCUUUCUUGUAUUAUAUUGUUGGAAAGAUGAAAGUUUCGCUUCCAGACAGAGAAGACAGAUGUUAUAUCCACCGCCGAUUGUCUAUCCAUACGGAGGAACAUUCAAGCUCGUCGUGGGAUACGCGGUACCUGUAGAACUCUCGGGCAGAAAUGUGGUUUAUGGACAGAAUUUUCAGUUCCAAUAUGUUUUGCCACAGAACGCGACGUUCUUCACAGAGUUCUUCGAAAAUUCAUCACGACGACGUCGCAAAAGUGUUAAUUGGGAUGAGAGGAUGACUAUUUACAGGCUUUUAGAGGAGGGACUUGAGACAAAAAGAAUAAAUGGAAGAGAAUGCAUGAAAAAAAGCAUAUGCGAAGCAGCGAUGAUGUCAUUACAGGAUGAAGGACUCGUGGGAGAAUUAUUGCAUCUCUUGCUCACGCCUCAACAAGAAAAUAAUUCCUUAGAUUCCGAAUACUUAGAGGCGCUGAAAUUUGGACAAAGAAAUUAUGAUUGUUCGCUGAUUUACCCAUUAUGUCUGUCUGGUCAAGGAAUUCUGGAUCAAAUCUCAAAAGUGAUAUCAUAG